AUGGCUCAGAUCUCGUCGUCGCCCCGUUAUGAAACACUUCGGGAGGAACUGGCAGCGCAGUUCCCCAGUGGUAUUGAUGCCUUCUGCGGUACGGUUGGAGGUGCCGGCAUGGUUAUGGGAGUCUCAUGCGUUCUGAAGUCAAAGUGGCCGGAUACGCGAGUUGUAGUUCUCGAACCGGCCGCUUGUCCUGUCACUACUGAAGGGCGCACUGGAUCUCGUAGCGUCGAGGGAAAAGGAAUUGGUUUCGUGCCGCCACAUCUGGAUUCUAAGCUUUAUGAUGAAGUACGAGGUAUCUCAGAGGCAGAAGGUCGUGCUAGGUGCACGCGGUUAGCUCGUGAGGAAGAUUUACUGGUUGGAACUUCGACUGCUCUUAAUGUUGUCGCGGCCAUUGCUCUUGCCAAAGAACGGGGCCCGGGCAAGACGGUGGUUACCGUCGCCGUGUAUACGGGCCUGAAGUACAUGAACGGAAAUCUCCUUGUGGAUGCUUGA